UUAAAUAAUGUGUAAUAAGAUUGUGUAGACAGAUUUUCUCUUUUUUAAGAGCAAAGCUUCACCAAGGAAUCUUUACUUAAAAAGGCAUUAUUCAAGAGCUAAAUUUGCCUAUUGCAGGCCUUAACGUGGCAAGAUCAUAAUCGACUCUCGGUGAUAUCGGAUGACUCAGAGUUUAAGUAGAUUAGAACGAUCAGGUCAUUUAAUAAAUUAAUCCAAAAUGGAGAAAUGGAGAAGUGAGGCUAAGUCUCGAAUAACCAACACAGUCAUUACGAAAAUAAACAAUCAAUGCACACAUCUUGUCAAAACUACAAACAAUGGUAACUUCGCACAGAAUAAUUUGAAUGAAAUUUUCAAUAUAUUCAUUGUGAACUAUUAUGGCAUCUAAAACUUACUUAACGUUUUAAUAUAUGAACUGAUUUACAUUCUAUCGUUUCCGUUCUUACUCUAAUUUCAAAUCAGUUAUGUUCGACAAAAUACGCCAGAAGUCGCAGUCGAAUACCAAUCUCAAGCGUCUGGUUAUUCCAGUCUAUUGGAAUCUCUAGUCUCCGUCUUUCUUGUCUCUUGUUAAAAUUGACAAUGAAACGCAUUAUAGUACACGAUUCGUUUACCGAUGGUAAAAUGUUUAUUUAGUCUUAAAUAUUGGAUAUCAGAAGCCCAUCUUUUCCCGGUAAGAACACAAUAUCAAUAAUGUUUCUUAAAUAGUUCCAAAGAAAAUUGCUAAUUAUUUGAGCUACGAUAUCGAUAAGCAUGUUCCAGAUUGUUUAUUGAACAAUCCCUUCUAAAUUCUAAUUCCUUGAAUAAAUGACACCUGGUGAAUAUUAUUGUAAAUUGUCAGUACGUAUAAUACCGAUUAGAUAAUUUGGAUGACUUUUGAAAUGCGGAAUCCAAGAUGCCAGGUUGACAUGGCGGAUGGUACAAUGUCUUCAGCGCAAGAUAUUGUAAUUUAAUUUUUAUGUGUUAAGACCGAGACCAGCAAUACGGUUCGUCCACACGAUUGCUUAUUGGGGGAGUCAGUUGCCUUACCUUGGUACCCAUAAUACCACAAUACAGCAUGUGGUAUCCACGAUAGUUCAUAUGUAAUGUAUGGUAUAGACCUACAAGGGAGAUACUACUAUGCAUCAAAGAUCCCUUUUCCAAAAACCUUGGGAUCGCGGUAGAGACUAAAGAUUUUAAGUGAUUUUUUUCAUGCUUGUGAACACGACAGAUAAGAUUUCCUAAUCAAUUUGGCUAACAUCCAAGUUUUCCUUCCAGGAAAUCAUCUGUCUGAAACAAAGCCGUGUAAGGGCGUAUUUCCAUGGCGAGUUGUUUUAAUGGAUUCAUUGACCCUAAUUAACUAUGCAUUGCUUAAAACUGUCUGUGUGACAUGAUAAGACAGUUUAUAUAAUUUGGUGAAUAUUUGGUGACCAUGGUGGACUCCACAAUUGUGUACACGCAAUUGGCCCCUGAAACCUAGUUAUAGAACCGAAAUUGCCAUCUGACAUAAAAGGCAGGAGUGUUAUGUUGAGUUAUAUGGAAUGGUGACCAUCGUCGACGCCAUCUUGAAUUUAAACUUUCCUUUACAUGGUUCAUUUUUGUUUUACUCUUUAUCCAACAUGAUUCAAGCUCCAAAAUGAAAGGACAUAUAACUGCACACAGACGGCUUCUCCCAGCUGUUUCAUCUGUAAGAGUAUGCAGUGCUAUGCAGUCGCUGGUUAGAUGUGGGAAAUAUGCCGGGAGAACUCCCCACAUCCAACGUGUGGUGCAUACUCUCUUUUCUUCUAACCUUCUUCCAGGAUACUCGAUCUCGUAGUCACGUGCACCAAAUCGAAUAUGUAACACCAUAGGUCUUCUGUCUGACGUGGAGAGCGGACACAGUACUAAAACCGGUCGCCACAUCCUACAUACGACCCAUGCAUUUUUUCUUACUACAUAUUUCUGUAGCCUUGUGAUCGUCUAGAAUUUGUCUCUAGCUGUCUUUACUUCUGCUUCACGUUGUGUAUUUACUUCUUACAGUUUCUUAAGACGUUUGUCUUACCAGGAAUAACAAUGCGACAGUUUGCUUCUACAUUUUAUAUAUAUAUAUAUAGCUGAAUACAGGUAUACAAGCAUAAUAGAUAACAAUACUAGCUAAAACCAUUUCUCUACCCUAGCCAGCCUCGCGGAUGUCUAGGAACUCAGAUGUAAGCUCCCUGGAACCUAAUAGAAGCCUGUCUUACAAAGUUCAAAUAGAUAUCUUAUAUAGCAACCACGUUUAUCAUGCACAGGAAGCCUGUUCAUGGCCCUGAACCUGUGCAAUUAACGAUAUGAUUGGUUACUUUAAAUCAAAUGAUGCAAUUAGAAUAAUUCCACUCACGUGUAACUCUGGUGGUAAAUAAUUGACAUAUGUUUUCGAUAAAUAGCUCUUUUUAUGUGUCAACUGUCAAUUACAGACUAAGUUGAUUUAGUACACACUAUAUAUGUGAAUAUGUCUGAAAUUACUAACUUGCCAAAGAUAUUAAUUAUUGAAAUAUAAAGCCAUCUUAUUUCAAGAGCAAAAAUUCUAGCAAUAUUAUCACACAUCCUCCCGUGACAACAAUCAUCAGCACAAACCAUAACCCAUUAAAAAUUGUUGCCCCUAUUCCCUUCACAAGCUAAUGAAAUCUUUCUAAUUAUCUUAGGGUUGUAGAGUGCGGUACAGUAUGGAAGUCAAUCAGCUGUCAACAUUAUUUAUAUCAACUUUAUUAUAUUCCGGUUUAGCAUUAGAAGUAUGUAGAAAUACAGACAACACCAACUGUCAAUCAUGUGGUAAUACUGUAUAUCCUAGAGAUGAGAUUUAUAGACAGAACUGUAUGAGGUCAUGUGGUGUUUGCACAGUUACAAGUAUCGCUACUAGAAGACCAACCAACCAGAGUUCAACUUAUAACGAUUCACGGCUUCCAUUUAAUUAUUCACAUUCAAGAAAUGCUGUAGAUCGUAAUAUUGAUAAUCACUGUGAGAAUGGUCACUGUUCACAUACACAGGAUGAUAAACCUAUUUGGUGGUGUGUUGAUCUACAAGGGAUUUAUAAUAUUAACAGCAUGACAAUAUACAACAGAAAUAGAUUUGAAGAGAGAUUACAGGGAUUUGAGAUUAAGAUUAGUUAUAGUGGUACAUGUAAUCAAACAGGAUUUCAAUCAGCUACAUCAUGUUAUAAAGAUACAACAUCAACACAGUCUGUUUAUAAUGUAACUGGAUGUAAUCAACGUUCAUAUAAAGCAUUUUCUGGUAGAACUGUAUAUGUCUCUGUUUCAAGUCAAUCACUUACUUUAUGUGAAGUUUUGAUAUAUUCCGGUCAUAGUAUGAUACACUGACCACUACUACAUUCUCUUUGAAGUUCUGCCGAGUGUUAUACACAGAUCAUGUGUAGCUGGUAAAGGACAUAUUGAAUUAAUUAGAUGUUUAACAAGACCGUAGGCAGUCCUUGCCUUAACAGAAGUUUAUACAGAGCACAAUGCAAUACUGGAUACUACAGUAUAUCAAGUUGUACAUGUCAACCUUGUAAUACAUGUUAUAAUAACACAUGUAAUCCUGAUACUGGUGAUUGUAAUGGAGGCUGUAAAACAGGUUUUUAUGGUAAAAAAUGUCAACAGAACUGUAAUGAUGGUUGUGUAAACAAUCAAUGUUCUAAAUCUAAUGGUAGAUGUACUAAUUGUAUUACUGGAAGAUAUGGACAUACAUGUGGUAAGAACUGCAAUACAGGAUGCGACGGUGGAUGUGACAGAGAUGGUAGAUGUACUAAUUGUAUUAUAGGAAGAUAUGGUGAUAGGUGUGAUAAGAACUGUAGUACCGGAUGUGAUGGUGGAUGUGAUAGGGGUUUUGGUAAAUGUACCAACUGUAUUACUGGAAGAUAUGGUGAUGAGUGUGAUAUGGAUUGUAGUACAGGAUGUUAUGGUGGAUGUGAUAAAACUGAUAGUAAAUGUACGUCUUGUAUUAAAGGUAAAACUGGAGACAGGUGUGAUAUCGACUGUACUACUGAUUGUGCUGUUUGUAAUCAGGAUGAAGCUAGCUCUUGUACUGAAUGUAAUGAUGGAAGAUGGGGACCGUCGUGUAAUAAACUAUGUAAUACUAAUUGUAAACCAGUAGUAGGUACAACUGUUGGUAAAUGUGAUCAGAUGACAGGAAAUUGUAUAAAUGGAUAUGUAUCUGGUACAACAGAACUUUUACCUGUUGUGGUAUAUGUUGUAAGUGGUGCUCUGGGUGGUAUAAUUGGUACGGUAGCGGUCUUCCUGUCAUACAAUUUCUACAUGAAAAGACGCCAAUCGAGUCAACGAAACGAAGAAAUUGUUCCUGAUUUAAACCCAGCUAGUUCUACUAUAGAUGAUACAUUUACCACUGGAUAUCCAAAUAUUCCAACUAAUACACGUAGUGUAGAAUAUGAAAACCAGUCGUUUAAUACAGAAGACAAUACGAGAAAUAUGUAUGAUACAGUAGAUCACACAUCAGAUGAUACACAAAAUGUAUAUACAUCUAUACAUUCUAAAAAACCCAAUUAGUAUAAUGUUUAUUUUAUAUACAUUGUAACAAACCCAAUUAGUAUACUGUAUAUUUUAUAUAAAAGAUACUUAAAAACAUGGUAUAAAGAUAAACAUUUGAUUUAUAUUUCAUUCGUUCAAAAUUCUUUUAAUUCACAUUUACAUCUCUAGUAGACAAGGCUGUCAGAUAAGAAAUCAGAAUAUCAGUUGUAAAGUAACACGAUCUCUACAAUUUGAGUGCGAUGAUGUAUUAAAGAUACUUCCCCAGAAAAGUAUUUAUCGGGUGGUUAUGUCCAAUAAAUGUAUGGCAAUUUUGGUAUAUAUGAAAGUAAAAAUACCCAAUCUUACUAGAAAAAUACUGGAUCCACUCCUUAAAACACCCAUGGAACGCAUACAGGACAAAAAUGUAAUGGUUUCCCUAAUUGGCAGUCCGACGAUUAGAAAUGUCUGUUGGCGUCAUGUCAAAGGUAGCACGCGAAGAUUGAGCGCCUAAUGUAUAUAUGUUUUUUUUUUACUUGAAGAAGAGUUAAAUGUAUAACACUUUCUGAGAUAAAAACCAUGUGAAAAGACGUGGGCAGUAGAUAAUCAGAGAAUUUACUUAGGCUUCGAGAUUUAUGGAUAGCGAUUAAAGACAACAUCGUCUUGCGUAUGCAAUGAAUUUUCCUCCGACUUCGCACCCGUUGCUAGGUAGUGCGUCAGCUAAGUCACGUAACAUAAUCAUGACUUCUUUUAAUUGAUUUUUAUAGCAGGGGUAUUCCCUCGCGAAAUCAAUGUUUUGAGAAGCAUGUGAAGCAAAAUUUUUGAUAGAUUAUUCAGUUUGAAUAUGUUUUGAGUCCAAAUACAUCAUCAGAUCACUCAGUUUAUACGCGGCAACAUAUAUUUAAAGGACAAUAUUAGUGUCAGCCAUUAUCACAUAUGUGAUAGAACUGGUUAAACGCGUUCCAAAUACAAUUUUAACACAGAGAUCAUUGCUACAAUAGAUGUGUAACGAAGAUUUGAAGAAACGGAAGUGACGCAAAAUUGUAUUUACUGACUGAAGUAACGAGAGAUAAUUUCUGCUCACUGGUAAAUCCUUUGGGGACAAAAAGUUGUUAUAUGUCUCAUAAUUCAAACAAAUAAUUGACUUUCAAUAGAUAAGAGGAAACGAAAAAAUCAGUGCAUUACCAUGUUUUUAUUAAGUAUAGAAUGAAUAAAAACAAGUGAAUGUACGGCUUUUUUAUUUUUCUCGUUUCUCUUAUAUUAUGUAUAGGUUUCGCGUGAUCAAUUCAAAUAUAGAUAGGAAACAGUCGAUUUAUUUCCAAUUUUUGUUACCUUAUAUCCGGAUUAAGUUGUUUUCUUAUAUUAUAUAUAGUUAUAUUAUAUCUGGAUUAAGUUGUUUUCUUAUAUUAUAUAUAGUUAUAUUAUAUCUGGAUUAAGUUGUUUUUUAUAUUAUAUAUAGUUAUAUUAUAUCUGGAUUAAGUUGUUUUCUUAUAUUAUAUAUAGUUAUAUUAUAUCAGGAUUAAGUUGUUUUUUUAUAUUAUACAUAGUUAUAUUAUAUCUGGAUUAAGUUGUUUUCUUAUAUUAUAUGUAGUUAUAUUAUAGUUGUAUUAUACCUGGAUUAAGUUGUUACCUUAUAUUAUAUAUGGUACUUUAUAUUAUAUAUCGUUGUGUUAUAUCUGGAUUAAUUUGUUACCUUAUAUUAUAUGGUACUUUAUAUUAUACAUAGUAUGUCUGGAUUAAGUUGAUACAUCAUGUAUAAUUAUAUUUCAUUUGGAUUAAGUUAGUAUUUUAUAUUAUAUAUAAUCAUAUUUUAUCUGGAUUAAGAACUUUAUAGUCAUGUUAAGAUUAAAAUAUAUUUAUUGAUAUUUAAAAGAGUAAAAUAUGUUUAAGUGAUAUAUUAUCUGGAUUAAGAACUUGACCGUUUGUUUAGUAUUUAGUACUAUUGCUAUGUUACUAUAAGUCACUAUAAUAUUAUCUUCCAAUAUAAAUCUGAAUGACUUAAUAGUAUUUUUUACAUUGUUAUUAUAUUAUUAAAGAUGAUAACGAGUUUAUUUUUAAGCCGUAAUAUAUUUAUGGACAUCCGAAUCAAAUCUAUAAAUGUCUUGUUUGCCUACUAACCAUACAUUUAUACUGCUUAAAUAUAUACUUAUUAUUUUUUUUACUUAUUAUAUUGAUCAUAUUGGCUUAGUAAUAUAUGUCAGUUUCUUUCGUCGUUCAGCAGAUUUAUCAGGUGGGUCUCAGUGCAGAUUUUAUUCAUUAGCAAUUCAGCGCAAAUGAUACUUUGCAUGAUUGGGAGGUUUUACCAAGAUUGUUGUACCGAGCGAGAUACGUUUUAGAAAAUUGUAUCUGAUUUUUGUACUUUUAUGUCAUUAUUUUAAAAACAAUAAUGUAUAGAUUGUAUUUGUUAACAUUAUGCUUUAUAACAUUAUUCAUAAUAUUCAAUAAACAAUAUUUACUG